GUCGGCUCGCCGGAUGUGCACGCGCAGCUAUUCAACGGGAACGCGCACGUCACGACACUCAAUCUCAGUCAGAUGUAGGGGAACAGGGCAGACCACGCAAAAUAAGCUGUUAGGAACAGGGUUAAAUUGACCCUGGCCUGCCACCAGGUGUUGAUGCCUGUAACCCAGUGAGAAGGCCUUGCUGGGUGGGAGGAAGCACAAUGAGUGGGAAGAACAUACUCUUGAAGGUGAUCCUGCUGGGGGACGGUGGAGUGGGCAAGUCCUCUUUAAUGAACCGCUAUGUCACUGAUCGCUUUGACUCCCAGUCCUUUCACACCAUCGGCGUGGAGUUCCUAAACCGGGACCUCGAGGUGGACGAGCAUUGGGUUACACUUCAGAUCUGGGACACGGCAGGCCAGGAGCGUUUUAAGUCCCUGCGUACGCCCUUCUACCGAGGUGCCGACUGCUGCCUGCUUACAUUUGCUGUGAACGACCUGCAGAGUUUCCAGAACCUUGGCUGCUGGAAGAAGGAGUUCAUGUACUACUCUGAUGUUAAAGACCCUGAGCGGUUCCCCUUUGUGGUACUAGGCAAUAAGGUAGACAUGGAGCAGAGGGAGGUGGGGGAGGACGAAGCACGGGCCUGGUGUGAAGAGAAUGGCUGCUGUCCUUACUUUGAGACCAGUGCUAAGGAUGAUACUAAUGUUACAGCUGCAUUUGAGGCAGCCGUCAGGGAGGUUCUGGCUUCUGAGGACCAGAUUGACCAUGCACUACUGAGUAGUACUAUUGAUCUCCAUGGCAACCGCAAAACCUCUCGCACAUCCUGCUGCUGACUGGUCAUGUGUGAAUCCACCUUGUUUUAAUCUCACUGGCUGAAACUUGCCUGUGGCAGUUAUGGGUACACACACAGUAGGUACAAGGUACUGAGUACGGUAUCCCCGAAAGAUAAUGCAGAUGGGGUACAGCUGCUCUGAGGAAGGCCGUGUCAAGGAUUCAGCUGGUAUCUAGAUUGUUGAAUUAUUGCUCAAGGUACAGGCACACUGUAACAGGCACCCUGAUCCUUUGUGCUGUGUCUGCUUUUAGUAGUGUUACACAAAAAUAAUUAUCCAGCCUCAGCGUUGUCUGCCUACGCACAAGUUGUAUCAACUAGUGCUUUCAGAAUGUUGAUUUUAAUUGAAAGUAUUUGAAUUGUAAUUAAUACAGUGGAUGAGAGAAUACAGCGAUCCUCCUGCUGAGAGCACACACUGCCUUUGACACAAGCAACGUAACUGCUCAACAGUUUGUCCAUGAGCUGAUUUAAGAUUUUAGAAGGACUUUGAAUACAACAUCACAUUUUUCUUGUUGUCAGAUCUUUCAGCAGAAGUGAAGAUCUAACAUAUUUUCUGGACACAGACAGUGCGAGUGACAGUGUAGAUAUUGUGCUAGAGGACUCCCAGCAUUGGUAUGAUGACCAGUAUGAUGGUAGAUAAGGGAAUUGUGAGUUUGAGUUUUCAGUAUUAGUUAUGAGCUAUUGUGCUGCUCUUAUUGAUUUGAUUUUUACAUCUAUUACCAGUGUACUACUGUGUUGCCAGAGGCUGUUAGGUGUUAGGUCUUUUGUUCCCCCCCAUGAUUUAUGUACGUGGGCCUUUGGUCUAAUAAUUAAGGUUCAGUAUUAUUAGAGUUCUAAAAUAAUGCUUCUUCUGCUGUAUGUUAGUCAGCUGCUGCUGCUAAUUUUCCUGCGAAGCACAUUUCCAUCCACUGACGACAUGUUUAUUAUUUUUUACAGACUGUGUGUGAGAUGUAUAUGAGGCUUCCGUGUUUGAUCAAGGGCUGUUUAAAGUUUGUUUUCCUGAUGUAUUAGUGUAGGCUGCAAUUAUUAGAAUUAACAGUAUUCCUAAUUAUGGCAUGUCUGUAACCCUGUCUCUGCCUUGUUGAUCGGGUGGCAGACCUUGACAUUCCAGUCCUUUAGUCUUAACUCUUCUGAAGGUCUCCUGUGUUUUGCUGAUAUAUUACGUCCACCUCAUGCCGUCAGUCUAAACAUUCUAGCUCUCAACUAAGUACAAAAUGGCUUUAGUGGAAGAAUAAGGCCAUUAAGAACAGUAAUAUGUGCAUUGUGCAUCAGCCUUUUCACGCAGUCUUGAGUGAAACAUAAGAGUAUUCUGACAACUUAAUGAUGUUUACUUGUUUUCAGAUGGAUGGUACUUUACUUUUAUUUCAGUGUUUUCAAGUUACAGGCUUACUUACAUUUGAAUUUGUCCUUUGGUUUUGCUGCUAUCAGCCAGAGGGCAUUGUUUUGUUUGCUUGCACAUUUUGAGUAAAUAAUAUGCCAUAUGACAUUCAAUGCUUCAAACUGAUUUUAACAUGGUUUCAGUUCAUUCUCAUCAGUGUUUUGAAUGCUAUUGGAGGCAUAAAAAAUGUUUUAUUUUCCUGAAUGCACAAAGGUCCUGUUCUAGUUCAUGUUCUCAUACCUUUUUCUGUUGUGCUGAAAGAUUUGUGUAUUCUUUUGGCCUGCUGUCACAUUGUUUGCCUUUCAAGUCAAAAUUUGCAUAAUUUUCAGUGUGCACGCUGACUAAUCGUAAAGUGUGAGAGUAAACCAAAUCCGAUCAGGUACAGUCAUACUUUUAACAUUAACAUUAACAUGGACCUUUGGUUAAGGUGGGCUUUUUCGUGCACACGAUUACCAUGUAAGUUUUUAUAAUUGUAUUAUAAUUUUAUGUGUGUUGAGUAUUGGUACUUAUAGCUAUUUACAUAAACUUUAUUAACUGUGAACUUAUUAGGGCAUUUUAGCACGAUCAAGCUGGUAACCUACAUUGCAAAAACGAGGGCUCUUGGCUUGUCAUUUGUCAGUGUUCAUAUUUUCCAGGUUAAACAGAAUAUUCUGUCUCCUUACUGUACUAUUUCAGUUUUUAUCCUGUUCAGAUAAUGUAGCCUACCACAGUGUUUACCUGGAAUCUAACUUAUCUUAGAAUCAGCAGGUACUUAAAAGCUGGUAGCAUAACCUUACAGUAUGUUGCCCUUAUGAUGCUGUCUUAUAUCACUGCCACCCAGUCUAAUGUCAGUAUUUUUUAUGUUGCCGCAAUAUUUAUGAAUGUAAAGACAAAUUUCUUUGGGGUGUUCAUAUUAAUGGCUUAUGUAAAUUGCAAAGGGCAUUCAUUUUAUAAUAAUGUACAAAACGACACUGAACGUUUCACCCUUAGUGCUCAACCCACGAGUGUGACUUAAGCUGAAUGAUAGUCAGACUGUUCAUUUUAAUUAUGUGUUGAUUUAAUGAACAACUUCCCUUAUUCCUCUUUUUUGCACUACAGAGGAUCAGACUGGGUGUGCCAACAUGCUGGCAAAGUGAUGUAAACUCUCCAGUGCUUGGCUUGAAAUAAAACAUGCAACAUACCAAAUGGA